AUGGCUCCAGAACCAGUGUAUGUCGUCGGCGUGGGCCUCACCAAGUUCCUAAAACCUCGCGGGAAGGUGGACUACACAGAACUCGGCUUCGAAGCAGGCGUAAAAGCCAUGCUCGAUGCUGGUAUCAACUAUGAUGAGGUGGAUCAAGGCGUUGCGUGUUACGUCUAUGGAGACUCUACCUCGGGACAGAGAGUCUUCUAUCAGUUUGGCAUGACCUCUAUCCCAAUCUAUAACGUCAACAACAACUGCUCAACCGGCUCAACCGGCCUCUACAUGGGCCGAAACCUCAUCGCAGGCGGCGCGGCAAACGUCGUCCUCGUCAUCGGCUUCGAGAAGAUGUUCCCAGGCUCCCUCCCCGCCAGCGCCUACCCCGACCGGUCCAACCCCCUCGACCGCACGAAUGCGAUGAUGGCCGCGGCACAGGGGGUGGUGGAAGGUGCACCCAAUGCGGCACAAUUGUUCGGGAAUGCGGGAAGGGAGUAUAUGGACAAGUUUGGAGCAACUGCGGAGGAUUUCGUGGAGAUUGCCAGGGUUAGUCAUCUGCAUUCGAGGAAUAAUCCGUAUAGUCAGUUUCGCAACGUGUAUACUAAAGAGCAGAUCCUGGCUGCGCCGGUGAUUCAUGCGCCGUUGACAAAGUUGCAGUGUUCGCCGACAAGUGAUGGGGCUGCGGCGGCUGUAUUGGUUUCUCACAGUUGGCUGGAGAAGCAUCCGGAGAUGAAGGGGAAAGCGGUGUUGAUUGCAGGACAGGCCAUGGCGACUGAUGCGCCGUCGAUGUUUUCGAGGUCGGCGAUGGAUUUGGUGGGGUAUGAGAUGACGAAGAUCGCGGCUCAACGGGCGAUGGGGGAGGCGGAGAUUAAGCCCGAGCAGGUCAAGGUCGUUGAGCUUCACGAUUGUUUCAGUACAAAUGAGAUGGUUACCAUCGAUGCUCUGGGGCUUUGCGAGCAUGGAAAGGCGCAUGAGGUGGUGCGGAAGGGUGAUAUCACGUAUGGUGGGAAAGUCGUGGUUAACCCUAGCGGAGGGCUUAUUAGCAAGGGCCACCCGCUAGGUGCGACCGGACUGGCGCAGUGCUGUGAGUUGGUUUGGCAGCUGAGAGGGUGGGCGAGUAAUCGGCUUGUGCCAAACCUCGACGUUGCUUUGCAGCAUAAUCUAGGGUUGGGCGGUGCGGUUGUCGUAACGGUGUACCGCAGGUAUGACGGUAAGAAGAACCAUGUCGUUGCAGUCGAGCAAGUUGUCAAGAGCAGCGGUGUAGCCUAUAACCCUGCAAUCGAAGCCCAUGGAAUUGUAGAGCAAGACGCGAACAAGGUCCUCAGCAAGACAAAGAUCUCAGAGUGGAUGCGAGCAACGGUGAAGGAGAAACAAGCUGUCUUAGCUAGUUCGCGAAUCUGA